GAGAAAGUGCUGAGCUAGGGUUUCAUGAGGGGGUGCUCGAGGGGCUGAGCCCCCUCAAGAAAGGAGAGCAGGGAAGAUGCUGGAAAUAAGAAGACCCUGUUUGUGGGAAAUCUUCCAUUUUCUUGCUCCAUCGAAGACAUUUUAAAAAUUUUUCAAAGGUACGGUAGGAUUGCUAAGGUAUUUCUUCCUUAUUUCCCUAGAACCAGCAAAUCAAGGGGAUACGCCUUCGUCCGUUUCAUGUACGAGGAUGAUGCUCGUGCUGCAAAAGGGGUUUUGGAUGGGAAGAAGAUUGAUGGGCGAACAAUUGCUGUGAAGGAGGCAAGACCCAAAAUCCAAUGGCGUCUGGAUUCUUCAGGGGUCCAGACCCAGGGGGCUAAUCUCCAAGCCGGAAAUAAUGAGCAAGGAAAUCUCCCUAACAGGGGCCCAAGGAAAAGCCACAGGGGCUGGGAGAAGCAGAUAGUCCAGGGGCAAAAACCCUUUUCAGCGGCCAGGGGGGUCAAGGCAGAUCCAGGGGAGGUUACAAGGAAACUACGGGAACUUCAGCUCACGCUGGUGUUUGACUCGGGAAAUCAAAUGAUUUCUAUUCUCCAGUUGAUUAACGGUUUCAGGGGAUCUAGAUUCAAGGCCUCGGCUAUUGAUGUUGCCCGGAUUGACAACUACAGAUUUCUCAUAGUUUUCAAGACUAAAGUGGAGCUGACGGACUUUGUGGGCGAUUCCUCCUUUUGGAGGGAGCUUGGCCUCGUGGAAGUGCUCCCAUGGUCGCUGAAAAUAUACAACCAAUAGGAAGAGGUCUGGAUUUGUCUCUUUGGGAUUCCAGCUCACGCCUGGUUUGAUUCGGUUAUCAAGGACCUCGGGAGGACUUACGGUGACGUGGUUCAGAUGGAUUCAUCCUCUACGUUCAGGAUUUUUCAGAAAUUCGCUUGGGUGAAAGUCCAGCUUCGGGUGGAUCCUGGGAGCUUCGAGUCACAAAUGUUAGUUGCUGG